AUGGGCAAAAAGCGCGUUUUAGUCGGAUACGGCGUCGACAUCGAUGCAGUAGCCGGAUGGCUAGGCUCGUACGGCGGCGAAGACAGCGUCAAUGAUAUCAGUCGAGGACUCUGGGCCGGACACAUCGGUACAACCCGACUCCUGAAGCUCUUCAACAAAUACAAUAUCAAAGCGACCUGGUUUAUUCCGGGCCACUCACUGGAAACAUUCCCAGAAGAAUGCGCGCAGGUACGCGACCAAGGGCACGAGAUCGGACUCCACGGGUAUACGCACGAGAACCCAACCUGCAUGACCGAAGAACAGCAACGCGAUAUUCUCGAUAAGACCUACAAGCUACUGACGGAUUUCUGCGGGAAGCCACCGCGCGGUAUUGUCGCGCCGUGGUGGGAAGCCAGCUCGGAGAUGGUGGAUCAGCUACUGGCAUAUGGAAUCGAGUAUGAUCACUCGAUGUCGCAUGAGGAUUGCCAGAUGUAUUGGCUGCGCACGGGGGAUACCUGGACAAAGAUCGAUUACAGUAAGAAGGCGGAGACGUGGAUGAAGCCACUUGAGCGGGGCCAGACGACUGGACUGGUUGAAAUACCCGGGAGUUGGUAUAUUGAUGAUCUGCCGCCGAUGAUGUUUAUUAAGAACUCGGCGAACAGUCAUGGAUGGGUGAAUCCGAGGGAUGUGGAGGAUAUUUGGAAGGACCAUUUUGAUUAUUUCUACCGCGAGUACGAUGAGUUCGUCUUCCCGAUGACGAUCCAUCCGGAUGUGUCUGGCCGACCGCAUGUGUUACUCAUGCACGAAAGGAUUAUUGAGUAUAUCAACAAGCACGAAGGAGUGGAAUGGGUGACAUUUGAGCAGAUGUGUGAUGAGUUUAAGAGCAAGAAUCAACCACCCGAGGGUGCAGUGAUGCCGGCGGCACCGGGGAGUAUUCUCAAAGAAUGA